UUGUUGUGUUGAGUUAUGCUUCUUUCUAGUUUUAUAUUAAUUUCAUUUCUUGAGUAAUAGUAUAUUUAUUUGUUCGGUAAAAGAAAGAGAAAAACAUUAAAAAUGGCUUUAAGGACAUAUGGCGAUAAGCCGAUCAGUUUUCAAAUUGAGGAAGGCGGCGAAUUUUAUUGUGUUGGAUCUGAGGUGGGAAAUUACUUACGGUUAUUCCGUGGGUCACUUUACAAGAAGUACCCUGGCAUGGCCAGGAGGACCCUAACAAAUGAAGAACGAAAACGAUUAGUCGAUAAUGGAUUAGGGCCGCAUGUUCUGUCUAGCUCUGUAUCACUGCUGAAGGCAUCUGAAGUUGAGGAUAUUAUCGAAGGGAAUGAUGAAAAAUAUAAAGCAGUAUCUGUUAGUCAAGAACUUGCCACUCCUCGUGAGAGCAAGAGUAAGAAGCCACAUAACCCAUCUUGGCUACCAGUUAUGCCAAAUUCAUCCCAUUUGGAUGCGGUUCCACAGGCUACUCCAAUUAGUAGAACGAGAGUUCACAAUAAGAAGGUUAGAACUUUCCCACUCUGUUUUGAUGAUACGGAUAUGACGGCAAUGCUUGAGAAUUCAUCUCAGAAACAAAUCUUGGUACCAAUUAGAUUAGACAUGGAGAUCGAGGGUCAGAAGUUAAGAGACACAUUUACAUGGAAUAAGAAUGAAUCAAUCAUUACUCCAGAGCAGUUUGCGGAAGUACUUUGUGAUGAUCUGGAGUUGAACACAAGCACAUUUAUACCGGCAAUUGCAACAUCUAUUCGUCAGCAAAUUGACGCCUUCCCGAGUGAACCUCCCGCUAUCUUGGAAGAGCAAUCUGAUCAAAGGGUCAUUAUUAAGUUGAAUAUUCACGUGGGAAACACUUCUCUUGUUGAUCAGGUUGAAUGGGACAUGUCAGAGAAGGAGAAUAAUCCUGAACAAUUUGCGAUGAAACUGUGUGCGGAAUUGGGUCUAGGGGGUGAAUUUGUGACAGGUAUCGCAUAUAGUGUGCGGGGGCAACUCAGCUGGCAUCAGCGAACGUAUGCCUUCAGUGAAGCACCAUUGCCUAUAGUGGAGACGCCAUACCGUCAACAAUCAGAAGCCGAGCAAUGGGCUCCAUACCUAGAGACACUGACUAACGCUGAAAUGGAGAAGAAGAUCCGUGAUCAGGAUAGGAAUACAAGACGUAUGAGACGUCUUGCAAAUACAACGCCCGAUGUAUCGUUGAGCCGCGCUGUCAAUCGGCUGAUCCGAGCAGACGAGGCGCUCUUCCAAAAUACGCCUGAGAAGAGAAGAAAAAAGAUUUAAUCACUCAACGCAGCCAGUUAACAUCUACGACAAAAA